CUGCAGCAGCGAGCGGACCGGGAACUUCCUUCUUCAGUUUGUUCUAGAGCCGAGCACGGACCGGGACCAGAGACAGAGAAAGAGAGUGACAGACAGAGAGAGAGACAGAGAGACAGAGAGACAGGUCGGGGUUUUGUGCGUCUCGGAUCCGGACGCGCUGCUGCGUUGACCCGUUUCUACCCGCAACCGGGUCGCUUCUCCGGGUCGCUUCUCCCGCCGGGUGGGUCGGUGCUUCUGGACCCGGGACUCUGAAGUCUCUGGGUCAGUCUGGGUUUAUUCUCUGGAUUCUCUGUACUUCCAUCUGGACACGUUUCUCCCAAGGACACACACACACACACACACACACACACACACACACACACACACACACACACACACACACACACACACUGACUGAUUGAUUGGUUUGCGGAUUGUCGGAUUUGCGGGUCAUGUGUCGGACUUUGUGAGUCCAGUUGUGACCAUGGAGUCUCCUCUGCUGCUGCUGCUGAUGAUGAUGAUGAAGAUGAUGAUGAAGGAGAGCGGAGCUGCUGUCACACCGCAGACGGAGACGUUCAGAGGAACCAGAAUCAGACGUUACGCCAUCAACCCCGUGGGACACAAGUGGACUCACCACAACAUCACAUACAGGAUCAUACAGUUCCCUAACACUCUGAAUGUGGAGGAUACCAGGAAAGCCAUCAGCAUCGCCUUCACCAAGUGGAGCGACGUGUCUCCGCUCAGCUUCACCGAGGUUACCGACGGCAACGCUACCACUGACAUCACCAUCGGUUUCUACACCUUUAACCACACUGACUGCUGGGCGUCUCCUCUCCACCCGUGUUUCGACGGUCUGAACGGCGAGCUGGCUCACGCCUUCCUGCCGCCGCGAGGAGAAAUCCACUUUGACAACCACGAGUUCUGGAUCCUCGGCAAGUCCCGCUUCAGCUGGAAACAAGGCGUGUGGCUCAACGACCUGGUGCAGGUGGCGGCCCAUGAGAUCGGUCACGCUCUCGGCCUGUGGCACUCCAGAGACCCCCAGGCUCUGAUGCAUCCCAACGCCACCUACACGGGCCAGAGGAACAUCGCCCAGGACGACGUGUGGGGCAUCCAGAGGCUCUACGGCUGUCUGGAUAAGAAGAGAGUGUGUGAUGCGUGGGCUCGUCUCGGUCUGUGUGAGCGCAGGAAGACCUUCAUGAAGAAGAACUGUCCUCGCCGCUGUGACCUCUGCUACGAGCCUCUAGAGGCGGUUGCCACGCCAACGCCACCUCCAGCCAACGUGAAGAUCAAGAUGGUUCCUCGGGGGAAGGUGGUCGGUUUCCGCUGCGGAGCCAAAACCCCCCGCUCACCUAAAGUCAGCUGGUAUAAGGACGGCGAGCGGAUCCUGUCCUCCGUCCCCGGAUACAUCGUCCUGAAGGACCGAGACCUCCGCAUCGUGGCCAACGAAUUCAACGAGGGCGUCUACACCUGCCGCAUCCAUCGCCGCGGAGACACCGCGUACGCUAACUCCUGGUCCAUCCGCCUGAAGCCAGAGACGCCGUCCAACAGCUGAGGAUGCUGGGACACAGGACACAGGACACAGGACACAGGACACCAAGACACAGGACGUAGGACGCAGGACACAGAGGAGACAGGGACACAGGACACAGGACGUAG